UCCGGGCCGACGGCGCCGCCAUUUUGCGGGUUUGUUUUGCCGAGGCGGAGGGAGGCGUCGCGGCCGGAGCCAUGAAUCCCGAGUAUGACUAUCUGUUCAAGUUGCUGCUGAUCGGAGACUCUGGGGUCGGGAAAUCUUGUCUGCUGCUUCGGUUUGCUGAUGACACCUACACAGAGAGUUACAUCAGCACCAUUGGCGUCGACUUCAAGAUUCGCACCAUCGAGUUAGAGGGCAAAACCAUCAAACUACAAAUUUGGGACACUGCCGGUCAGGAGCGAUUCCGGACCAUCACAUCGAGUUACUACAGAGGAGCUCACGGGAUCAUCGUGGUGUAUGAUGUCACAGAUCAGGAGUCCUACAACAAUGUAAAGCAGUGGCUGCAGGAGAUUGACCGGUACGCCAGCGAAAAUGUCAACAAGCUGUUAGUCGGCAACAAGUGCGACCUGACGACGAAGAAGGUGGUGGAUUACACAACAGCGAAGGAAUUUGCAGACUCGCUGGGCAUACCGUUCCUGGAGACGAGCGCCAAGAACGCCACCAACGUGGAGCAGGCCUUCGUGACCAUGGCAGCCGAGAUUAAGAAGCGGAUGGGGCCGGGGGCGACCGCGGGCGGCGAGAGACCAAACCUGAAAAUCGACAGCACGCCCGUCAAACCCAGCACUGGCGGCUGCUGCUGAGGUCCGAGCAGCCCAGGCGAGCCCGAGGUGGGGAGGGGAGGACGACAUGGGGUCGAGGAGGAGGAGGUGACUGAGCGUGCGAGUGUGUGUGUGUGUGUGUGUGUGUGGGGUGGGGGUUCCUGCCUCCUAUGGGGGCACUGGAUCUACACUGUCUUUCUCUGGAGGUGGAAUGGGGUUUUCCAAGGGAGUCCCAGCACUCUUCUGUUCCCCAACCCCCCGACCCUAAGGCCUUCAAACCCCUCUCCCCAUUUCGCUCCUGCCUGGGACUCAGUUGGAGUUGGGUUUCAGAGGGCACCCCCCCUUCAGGCCCAGCAUCCUUCUGUUCCAGGAUGAUACACACCCCCACUCCCCUGUCCCACAGGGGAGCAAGUUUCCACUCACCCCAAGACCCGAGUAUGACAUCCAAACCCCUCUCUCCUGCUCUGGUAAAACAGGAGCGGGGAUUUCCGCAGGCGUUCCCCUCAAUCCCAGCGCGCCUUCCGUCUUGGGAUUCUCUCCCCAGGGGAACACAAGCAGCCUACCCCGAGGGCAGAGUCUGACCUUCAGACCACUCCCCCGGACUGUCUCCUGCCUCGGACUCGGGGUAGAGUGGGCAAUUCCGGGCAGCCCCUUCACUCCUGGAACCCUUCCAUUCCGGGUUUCAGUCCCAGCCCCCCCUCCCAAUUCCGGUUAGGCAAAGGGCUCCGUCCGGUACAGAGAGCGUCCAAACACUGGUUUCCAGCUUUCUCCUGCCCCCUCCUCACUCCACUCUCCAUCUUCCCCCUCCUCCCAUCGUUUCUUUGUUACCCCACCUGUAAAGCUCAGUUCAACCCACCCCCUGGGGCAGAUCCCUCUUGAGGGAUCUCGCCUCCAGCCCUCGUACUCCACGGAGGGGGUAGGAGGUCUGCACUUCCCCCUCCCAACCCCCUGCAGACACUGUUAGGGGUGGAGGGGUUGUGUUCACCCAUCCGAGCUUGUUGGGGGGAGGAGUGUGGACAUCCCUGGUACAAGGAGCUAACUGCUCCUGUCUCUUGCCCCUAGGUGGGGAAGGAGAUGUGAUCCCACUUACGGGCGAAGAGUUCGGCGACUCGCAGGAGGCGAGGGGCAAGCAAUCUCCCUUCCCGUCGCUUUUAACAUCCUCUCACACACCUGUCUGUCUCUGUCGUUCCACAUUGCCCACCCGCCAGUCCUCCUCCUUCCUUCUCUCCCUCCUGCCACUUCCCUCUGUCCCCACCCCCUCCCUCAGUUGUCUCUUCCGACCCUCCGGUGCCUCCCUCUCGCCUGCCUCUCUCCCUCUCUGCUCUGUAUAUAAUAGGUCUGUCUCUCCGAGCUGACUUGUGUUUUGACUGUAAGCACAGGUGCGGGCAUCUUUUUGUACAAAACCGACAAACCGUUCGUUUCCUGCAGCUCUUCUCCAGGCUGCUCCACAGAUAUCAUGAUUUUAGAACCUUGUGGCUUUAUAGAUCAGAAAUAAAGUCUCCCCUGGAUCU